AACUUGUUUAGUUUGAAGGGGAAGGUUAAUUUAUCACCUUAUUUUUCAAUCAUGCGAGUCGUACUGUUAGUUUUGGCGACCCUGGCUGUGGCCCAGGGUCACAUGAGAUUUCUCGAGCCGCCCUGUCGCGCUUGUAUUUGGCGCUUCCCGGAGUACGCUUCAUACAAUCCGGAACCACGUGGAAAUGAUGACGAGUUUUGGUGCGGGAAUGAACGUCUCUUGGAAGAUGUCGCUGGGCGGUGCGGAAUCUGCGGGGAUGACGUGAAUCAACCCAUGCCUCGUGAAACGGAACGUGGUGGACGAUACUGGCGCGAUUUGCAAGUUAGGACGUAUGCAGCGGGAGCGACAAUUCCCAUCCACCUGCACUCCAAUACUCAAAACCACGGCGGCGGGAUGGAAGUUCACCUGUGCGCGGCACAAUUCGAAACGGAGGACUGUUUCCAGAAGCUCGUCAUGGGAAAUGGUGAUACCUACUGGCCCCUUAACUUGGCCGAGGGAACGAUGAAUAUCGAAACCACAGUGACCUUGCCGGCCGGCGUGACCUGUGAAAAAUGCACUUUGAGAGCCCAUUACCGUGGCGCGCAGGCCUGGGGAACCUGUGACAAUUCUAGGACGUGUGUAUGCAACCCGAACAGUGGCGAUCCACCAGGAGGCAUGGGCUGCUCCGAACAACAGACUUUCAGAAGUUGCUCGGAAAUCAAGAUUGUUUAAAGAAAUUUAUGUAUUUUGAACAAAUUGGAGAUUUAUUUACACAGUCAAAAAUUAAAUUAAACCCUGUCACGGGGUAAUAUGCAUUAUUUA